AUGAAUUGUACAAAAGUUGCGUCGACUCACGGAAAUCACAAGAUUUAUAUCACAGACAUUACAACCGGAAAGAACGUAAAAAUCCUUACUGGUCACCCUCGUACGCCAUGGUGUAUAGCAUUUCAUCCGACUUCAAACGAUAUUGUGGCAUCUGGUUGUUUGGGUGGACAAGUUCGUAUUUGGGACCUCAGCGGAGGUAGCGAAGUUUGGAAUUGCAAACCAAAGAGCCAAAUAGCAUCGUUAGCUUUUCAUCCAGUGGACAGAUUACUUGCCAUAGCUACGGAUAAUGAGAUUCAUUUUUGGGAUUGGGGUAGUAGUUCACAACCGUUCACCUUCAUCUCCACGAAAAGUAUCAGGGAAAAAGUUAGAUACGUAGCAUUUGAUAAUUUGGGAAGGAAGCUUAUAACAGGCAUUGAAAAUCCGAGCCCUACUUCUCAAUGGGAUCGACCUCCGAUUGAUAAUUUAAUCAGAACCAUCCCUGCAACAAGGGAAGCUGGACGGGGAAAUGUCGUCAUCCCGGGAAGGCUACCAGUACCCCCGUUUUUUCGCGGCCCGCAUCGAAGCCCGAGGAGCGAGGCAACGGUCGAGAGAAUAGAUCGCGCGGGUAGUUAUUUAGUAGUAAGACCCGAGUUCAGGACAUCAGAAUCGGCCAUUGUCACCAAUAGCAGCAGCAGUAGUAGCAGUACCAGCAGCGCUAGCAGCAGUGCUAGCAGCAACUCGCGACCCGAGGAUUCUUCGGUCAGCAACACCCGUAGCCUUGCUUUGUCGAUCUUUCAUCAAAAUGAGCCGUCCGUUUCAGCUGCGGGGGCCUCGACAAGCGGCACUACUAGUAAUAACCCGAUUCGCGUGUCUAACAUCGUUAUCGAGCGGUUACCCUACGAAGAGCGACGCAGCAAUACUCCGCCACUAACACCUUGGCCGCAGCUGCCGAGAGUCGAGUCGGACGAGGAUAGCAGUGAAGACGAGUUAGUGAACAUUGACAGCUCGGUCUUUGACAGAACGGUAACGUCUCCUCUAGACCGGCUUAUGUUCUAUCGUCGGUUGCGACGUGAUGGCAUCUAUCGCAGGAUGUCGGUGGCUAAUCGUUUGCAGAGAUACAACGAGGUGUUUGAUCAAAUAUUAAACACCAGCGUGCGGAGGAGGGCUGCAGCCAGCCUGCAAGCGAACUCACGGUUGUCGAACAGACUGUCCACGGAUUUUAACAAUUACUACAUUCUCGCCGAGGCUUUUGCGCAGUUACUUCGUAAUAUUUUGCGAACCAGCGUAUAUGAAUUGGACAAUUUCGUUGAUGAAGUGCGACGCUCGCUGCGCUGGACGGUGUUAUAUGGGACGAAUCGUACAAGUUGGUCUUACCUGCAAGAAGAGGUAUGUGGCAUUGAGCAGAACAUCACCGAGUGGUUGCAAAAUUUAAGGAAACUACGCGAAGGCUUGCGCACGCGAAUAUCUGCGAUAAUGUCUGACUCAACUACCCGGCAAAACUCGGUACAGCAAAGUUUUAUCAACGCGGUCGGCAGAGAAUUGGAACUUUUGAAUAACAUCGAGCAGACUUUGUCGAAUAUCAACAAUGAUAUCGAGAGCAUACGCCAGGAGAUAAAUUCACACUUGGAUGAGCCCAAUCAGGGUAGAGAGAUACGGGUUUCCCCGUCAUUGUCCUUACGCCGACGUAUGCAAGAAUUAAGACGAGUAAGGGACACUUUUCUAGAGAAUAUGAGAAGCCAUCAAUCUCCGCAAGUUCGUGUGAGACGUUCAUUGGAAACCGAUCCCAACGAGGAUGACCAGCCACGGCCGACUCGACGCAGGCUAGAAAGCGAUUACAGCCCGGCCGAAUCCUCGCUAGGUAGUUCGUCAACGACGACUACCAACAACAUUAGUACACAGCCACAACAACAACAACAACAACAACAACAACAACAGCAGACGCAAAACACGAGCACCUGGCAGUUGCCUACUCAGCGAUUGCCAUUCAAUUUCUCUGUCUCGUCUCGAUCGGCAUUCCAACCGACUCGUUCAACGAGCAAUCAGCGAAGUAGUACUUCCGAACCAAGCCGUGACCAGCCGUCCACCUUCUCUUCGACUCGCAAUGGCGAACCAUCUUCAGCCCCGUCUACUUCGACUUCCGAUAGAAACGAGCCGCCGAAUAAUCCGAGCCCGUCAGGCACAACAAGUAGCAUAUUGCUGCGUAUCCUGCGCCAUGUACAGCAAGUCAACCAGAACAACUUUGACAUCAUCUGGUGCGCGUUCCAGCUCUGUUUCGAUGAUGAACCAGCUAGGUCGAAUAACGAUAACGCCGAGAGCGCCAGUGAGCCUAUGGAAAAUGGUUACUGGUUAUUGGAAGAGAACAGCAGCUCGGAUUCGAAUAAUGAAGAGUCUAACAAUGGCGCCAGCGUUCCGACUACUCUCUUGGGAAUGAGGCGCAACAAUAGCCGCUGGAUCCAACUGGUAGCGUCAAAUAGAAAUUCCGAAAGUAACCGUUCAUCUAGUGCAAAUGGACUCUUGAAUAACUUACGCCAAUCAAUGCCCAGUUCUGCUAACCCACCAUCCAGUUCCGAUGCUACCACUAGUACCAAUUCGAGUCGUAAUAAUAGCGAGCAGAAUACGCUAUCCCCAGAAUCGAUAUUCUCGACGAGAUACGAACAACCGCCACUUUUUCCUUUCAGAAGUUUGCGGGAAACUGUAAACUUGCAUUUGGAACAAAACAAAGCGAGAGAAUUAGCUGAAGCUAGUCAAAUAACACCUGAAAACAAUAUAGAGCCUACUCCUUCAACUUCCUCGAUAGAGGAAGAUAGUGUUAAUGGAUCCACAAAUACCGAGACAUCCAAUAAUCUUGAACCUUUGGAAUCUGCAAAUACUGAAACAACUAACAACGAGCAAGCGAACGAAGGAUUUACAGAGCUUCAGUUGUUAGGUCGACAAAUUGUUCAUAUGCAGCGCUUACGUCGUACUCGUUUGGAAAUAGAUCAAUUACUGCAUGUUCGUAAAAUGCUGGAAAAAUUACAAAGACACAUGGAGCAACUCAUUUUAAGCUUAGACGGUGAUGGAACCUCCACGAACGAUAAUUCGCAGCCAAGUACAAGCAGGGGAGACGUGAAUCAGGCUUCUACAUCGGGUCUACAAUCAUCAGCAUCUAGCUCGCAAGCAUCUACUUCCAACAGUCGAUCUACAACUGAGACUCGUAGCUUUAAGAAAGCUCUGUUGGAAUAUUACCAAAAGCAGUCUGAAAGAAAUGCUGCUAAUCAAUCGUCUGCAUCUACUUCCACCUCAUCAGCUGUUAGCACUGAAGAUCAACCCAGUACUUCACAUUCUUCUCAACCUCAACCCAGCACAAGCACGAGCAACGAUAGUGCUGUAGCAAACUCAGAUUUACCAAGUAGUGAGGAACUCAAACAAAUGCGAUUCGGAACAGCUUGUGAAUUUAUAGUUCGUUCUUUUCUGAACUCAUCACUUUCAUUGAUGUCGAACAACACGCAAAAUUUAUCGCCAAGGAGACCUGCUUCUUCCUCAACUAGUUCACCAUCGAAUGAUCAAGCCGCUGCUGGUUCAAGCACUAACAGUACGACAAGUACUGCUGGUGCAACUGCUGAUGGUAGUGCCACUAAUCCAUCCAACAGGAAUUAUAAGUCAAUGGUCCUUAACUGCAUAGAAAAUGAACUUUUCGUUAAUUUAACUAAUCAUUUAGCGGCUCGCUCGCGCUUUUUGGGUUCACAAAACAAUGUACUUCCACCAAGAGAUCCUAGAUUAAGAAAUAUGUUUUUCCUUCAACCAAGAUUCAACCGCCAACUGCAGAUCAUGAGAGCGCGUAACAAUAGACGAUCAUCGAUUCGAUUUCAGCGUCGAAUAACCAAUAUGAUAGCUAGAACUUGGUCCAACAUCAGCGACGUUAACUUGAACGUCAACUCUAACGAUAAUGCCGAUGCAAAUGCUAGUACCAGCGGCAAUACAAACUCCACUGAGGCGAAUGACAAUGAUUUUGCUUCCUCAAUUCAUCCGUUAGUUGUAAGACUGAUGUCCCUGAUUCGACAGCAGAUAAAUUCAAAUCGUUCAACAAACAGUAGUAAUGUCGACAGCAGCUCUAGUAGCAGCAGCAACAAUAAUGGCGCUAGCGGCUCAAGUGCAAACCGAGUUCUUGACUCUAUAAUAGAGAAUCGUCAUGAAGUACAGCGUUUGCAGGCCAGACAAGUGCUUAGUCUCAUUGUAGAGCGGCUGACACGCUUCUUCGAGGAGAAUCGUUUGGGCGACGCCAACCAAAAUCGCAGGCUUUACGAUCAGAUCAGCAAAAUAUUUUUAUUACCCCUUCUUGGCUUAGGAUUGGCAGAUCUACUCCUCGUUCGAUUAAUCGCAACAUCCAAUGGCGAUGACCAAGAUACGAAUUCGGCUCAAGCUGGUCCAGCAAAUUCUGCUGCAAAUAGUACCGAAACUCGAGCGACACAAGAAACACAAGCUGCGCAAGUCAUCGACCUUAGAACGAGGGUAGCUGCAACAUCAGGAAAUGGCACAAUGAGUUCGCAUGCGAGAACAGCAACUGAAGCACCUUCUGCUGUCGGUUCACAUGGUGCAAGAAAUACCAGCAUUUCGGGAUAUCCUGAUGCAAAUGCUCAACAAAGAGUUACCAACGCAGGACCACUGAGAGUGACAGCAACAAGGCGAAACAUGCGAGGACGCACAAUCUUUGAUCGCUUCCGUACAUUCUACCAUUGCAUAAACGUAUUGUUUCCUGAUCGAAAUACAUCAAGAAAUAGCAAUAGCACAGUUACAGCGAGUCGUUCUGAGCCCUCUAGUUCUAAUGUAAACAGAUCAACGGGCAGUAACAGUGAACCUGACAAUGAAAGUUCUAUGGCAAACGACUUUCGUAACGAGAUGGCCUUGUCGGCGGAGAUUCAGAGCAUUAUCGAAAGGAUUCAGAGUAAUAGUACUGUGGCAUCUGAAUUAAACCAACGCUAUCAAAGUCGCAGUGGCUCUAAUGUUCGUCUGGACAAUGACAGUGACGAUCGUGACGAUGACGAUGAUUCUCCUCGGCGUUCUCCAGCUAAUCCACCAAACUUUAGGGAUGCCAAUCAAAACGGACUGUCGUCGUAUCGUUCGCUCGUUCAGCGCUUCCCCUUCCUCAUGAUGCCUCCUUCCUCUCGCAAUAAUUUUGAGGAAAUUACCACUCCCCGGAUGCGUUCUCUUGCAAAUAUUCUUCUUAACUCGCGCGCUUCGACUGGCCGAAAUGAGCCAGAACCUGAUCUAACAAGGAAUCCAUUCAGCGGUUUAUCUCGCAGCGACGCUAGUCCUUCAUCCACGACUGCUGCUGCGGGCUCGUUCACGUCGUCAUCAUCAUCCCCAAGACAGGAUCUUAACGUGCCGCUAAUACGCGUCAAUAACGUUCCUUUGAACGACACCAACAACGUCAAUGGCAGCAGUGCAAGUGGACAAAAUAAUGAUACUUCAAUGCAGGAUCGACUACGACGGUUAAGCGCGGCAAUUCUUCGUCUCAACUCUCCUCGCACAAUAAGAUUGCGAAAUAGAUAUUACAGAACUGACGCGGCUGGUACUAGUGAUCGUAGUCCUGUUCGGGAUAACGAUAAUGCUGACCGGCGGCACUCAUCUGAAAUCAUCUUUAGAAAUCGGGCACUCAGAGAUCAAGUUGUACAUUUGUAUCAAGCUCGAUUGGGUAAUUUAAAUCAGGAACCUGAAAACGAUAGCGAUGACGUAGAAAAUAGAGAUCGACAAAUAACUGUGACUUUCAAUGGUUGGGAAAAUCAAAGAUAUCGCAUUCAAGCUUGGGACUUUUCUUCAAUCCCAGAAAUACAUGACCCAAGAAAAAAUGUGAUAGUGCGUGACUGUAAGAUAUUUAAUGACGCCAGUAUUGCCAUUUCUUCUGAUGGUACAUUAUUAUCAACUGUACUACCGUCAAGUCGUUCGAAUCAACUGACAACAAUAGGUGUAUAUAGUUUAGAAUGGGAAACGUUAGGCGAAAAGGUAUACUCGACCCAAACUGAUCAGUCGGUUAUUUCGGUAUCAAUGUCCCCCACGAAGCAGUAUCUCCUAGUCGGACUAGCUGCUGGACGUAUUCACGUGCCCACGAGACCUACUCCAAUAGCCUUGAUUUAUAAACUAGUCGAACCUGAGGAGGCGUUACUCGGCACGGCGGCGGAACAAACGGAGGGCACGCAAAGCGACGAUCCUAGGCGUGAUUUUGAAUACCUUUGCUACUUAAACAACUACUUUAAUGAUUUGCGCCGUAUUUCAUACAGAACUAGUAGAAACCGAACUCAGCCGGCCAAUAAUGAGGCCGUCAACAACGCUGUCCCGGAAUGGAGGAGUCGUAUCAGCAGCGCGGCGAUGAGAAGCAAUGAUAGCAGUGCCGAGUCCUUCAAGCAAAAUCGCAAAAGUAUGGUGCUGCUGCGCGAGCUGUUCGCCAGUCAGAACCGUGAGGUACCAAAUUAUUUCAGUCUCAAUUGUAUCAGGUGGAUGCCUCAAGCUGGCCAAGGUAUGGUCUAUGCUACCAAGACGGGCUUGUUGACGAUAUUGUAUUAAUGCACAGGGAUAGUUUUCGGUGUAUGGCUUUAAUUGCUUGUUUCGGGUCAAAUGUGCCCUGCAACUUGUCCAUAAAAAGCGUAAUGCUUUUUGUUACGUGUGAUCUAAAAAAACUACGAGUUUGUUGUAGUUUUUUAAGCAUAUUUGAAAAGAGGAAUUUGAGAUUUUACGAAAGCUGAGCUGUUAACAGUGGUGAUGAUUAUUCAAGUAAAAUGUGUAAAAAAAAAAUAAAUCAAAGCAUCAAUUAGGGAGGGCCCCUGUUAGUUUUGUUUGAACAGACAUAGAGAGUCAGUCAUUUCUCUUCAUCCGAGCGUUUAUCACAUCAAAAGAAGUCUAUUGAUUCACGUAUUGUUCAUUCAAAUCGUGUAACAAAAGAUAAAUGUUUCAAAUGGUCGAAUUUUGAUGGAAAUAACUAUUUCACUCUUUAUAGAAUAGACGAUUUAGCGUUAAAAAAAUAUUCGAUGGAAAUUUUAAUAUUUUGUCACACUUUAUUCAGUCCCACUCAAUUAUUGCACGAAUUACCAGUUCAAAGAUCGACGCAAUAUAGCGCGAAAUUCACUUUGGGACUGUGCCUUAUUAAAGGUUUCUUUAUUUUUUGUUCUUUUGUUAUGCUGAUACGAAAAAAUCUUUAUUUUAAACGACAAAUAAAUCAUUGAAAAAAAACACGAUUGUAUAAAAUGUCAAUCGAUUUUAUCAUUAAAAUGAUCGAUGGGUAGUGCGCAUUUAAGAAAAGGUAUUUUAAAUGCGUUGUAUUAGUUGUUAAGAUUUUAUAACUUUAUUAAUUAAGUCGUAUCAUUUUGAUAACGUUGCGCUAUUUUUAUAAUCAGACUGAAUUCAAAUUGCGAUCUGAGUAUUUUUUGAUUAUACAUAUUGCAAUAUACUUUUGUGAUAGUAAUUAGGAACUUAGAUAAAAUGCAUGGAUCUGCAAUGCAUAUUAUUCCAAAGUUGGUUUUUUUUUUUUCUUAUUAUUUUUUAUAAUAUGCACAUCAUUGUUGAGGACUGCAGUCUAUUGCUACGAAUUUAUUUUAUUUCGUGCCAUUUUAUUCUAUUUUUAUGCUUGCUCAACAAGGUUUAUUUUAUUU